AUGGACGGCAUCCGCAUCACUACAGAAAUCAGCGCCACAUCGUUCACGCUACUUGACAUCACCUUCACCAAGGGUAAGCAGUGGGAGUCGACGAGAGGGGAAGAUGCGAGAGGCGGUUUUCUAGACACCUCGGUGUACCAGAAACCGAUGAACGUCUAUCAGUACUUCCCUUUCCGAUCGGCGCACCCGCGACACUGCAAACGAGGAUUCAUCAUUGGUGAGCUAUACCGAUACCUCCUACGGGAGUCAUCCGAGGUAGGCUUCCAAAUGAUGAAAUCAUCCUUCGCAGCGCGUCUGCGAGCGCGCGGUUACCACUCGAAAUUCAUCCAGCAGAUCUUUGAUGAGGUACAGUACAGCGACCGCGAUACACUCCUGCAACGAUCAGAGAAGGGUAAGCAACGAGACGGCAGAGUGCUGCCUUUUGUGCUCGAAUACCACCCUAAUCUCGAACACCCAAAGGUGAGGUCUCUACUCCGCUCGGAGAUGAGUAAGGCAGCACUAGAGACCCUUGUAGCGCCACGUGAGCGGCGUCGGCAGAGUCUGUUGUACUUUGGUGCCUUGCUUGUCACAUUUCGUUGCUGGGGCUGCGCCCCCCCCAAACCCCCCCCCCCCCCCCCCCCCCCCCCCCCCCCCCCCCCCCCCCCCCCCCCCCCGCUUCUCAACACCUGA